UCCCAUGGCAAUUGUCAUGUGAUAGCAAAGAGGUGGCACAUUAAUGGAGCGCCUCUACAGGGGUUCUUUUCUGCUCAUGUCACUACAUAAAACUAUCAGAUGGUUAGAGGAAGGCCAUGGAGGCGCACGACAGCUAGGCUCAUCGAAGGAAAACCCCGCCAAAUGAAGUUCAUCCCUGAACCCUAACAGGACAGGCUGUGUCGCUUCGACGGAAAAACGACGCUCCGUAAAUGCGCACCGUCUCCUCCUUCAGUGCGGAGGCGCUCAGAGACCGGCUGCUUUACGCGCGCCAAGACUGAAACUUUCCUCGGCACUUGUUUGCGAGACAAGCACUGAGUUAUCAUCGGGGGACUGAGGGGAUUCUAAACUUUUUAUAUAUAUCACUACGAUUCUUUUUUUUUUAAAUUUAUUUUUACAAAACAUCGAGGAUGCCUCGUCCGGGGAGAAACACGUACAGCGACCAGAAGCCACCUUACUCCUACAUCUCGCUGACGGCCAUGGCGAUCCAGAGCUGCCCGGAGAAGAUGCUGCCCCUCAGUGAAAUUUACAAGUUCAUCAUGGAUCGGUUCCCUUACUACAGAGAAAACACGCAGCGGUGGCAGAACUCUCUGCGGCACAACCUGUCGUUCAACGACUGUUUCAUCAAGAUCCCCCGGCGCCCGGAUCAGCCAGGCAAGGGCAGCUUUUGGGCUCUGCACCCCAACUGCGGGGACAUGUUCGAGAACGGAAGUUUUCUGCGGCGCCGCAAGAGGUUCAAGGUGCUGCCCGCGUCGGACCACCUGGGCCCCACCAAGCAGUCGGACGCGGCGCAUUACCUCCAGCAGCAAGCCAAGUUGAGACUGAGCGCCCUGGCGGCCAGCAGCACGCACCUUCCCCAGAUGUCAACGUACAACCUCGGAGUAUCCCAGUCGUCCACCUUCAAGCACCCGUUCGCCAUCGAGAACAUCAUCGCCCGCGAGUACAAGGUCCCCGGCAGCCUGGCGUUCUCCACCAUGCAGUCCAUGUCCGCCGGCUACCCGCUGCACAACCAGCUCACCACGGCCUGGCCGCACAUGUACAACAGCAGCGUGAUCGACACGGCGGCCCCGAUCUCCAUGGCGAGCGGCGACUACAGCGCGUACGGGGUGCCCAUAAAGUCGCUGUGUCACGGGGGGCAGUCCUUGCCGGCCAUCCCGGUGCCGAUCAAGCCCACCCCGACCUCCAUGACGGGCUUUUCCGCGCUGCCUCCCCACAUCCCCGCGUUCCUAUCGAACUCUCCCCAGUCCCUGAGCCCGACCUCCCCACAGACAGCCACGAGCCAAAGCAGCCCGGCGACCCCCAGCGAGACUCUGACGAGCCCCUCCACGCUGCAGUCCGUGGCCGUGCACUGACUGCACCCCCCUCACCCCCUCCUCAAAAAAAAAAAAAAAAAAAGAAAAAAAAAAAAAACUCUCCUUAUUACCAAAACCCAAAGUUUAUAUUUUCUGCAGUCGGAAACUAUCAAGGCGAGUGGAGGUUGCAUAUCGAUUUAUUUGUGUAUAUGUGUUGAAUGUGUCGCUUUAAAUCGUGUCAAGUCCAGCACAGAACCGCACACGAAGUAUUGCUCUUGAACAUAUAAAUUAUUUGAUAGUUCUAUUUUCCAGUUUGUUGUGACAUGUAGGCUAAAGGGUCGAUGAUGGGGUGGGCCGCCGAGGUGAUCAGGGGUCGGGCUUGGUUUCUGUUUUUUUGUUUGUUGUUGUUCUUGGCAAGAACUCUCAUUAGAACUUUUGCACCGUUUCUGUGGGACCACCAAUCUCAAUAAUAAUGCAAAGAUAAAGCUCAUGUUUGCUUUUGCCGUCUUGGAAUGAUGGCUAAAAGGUUAUACCAAAUAGGAGUAGUAGCUAUUUAGAUCUGUUCUUACACCAUCCCUGGAAUAAUAAUAAUAAUAAUAAUAAUAAUAAUAAUACAAAAAAUAGACAGAAAAGCAAGCCGAGUUAUAAAUCUUUCCAAAAACUGAAAGUGUCGUCCUCAUAAUGCAAGAUGUGAACAUUUGUUGUGAAAUGCACUUUUCUUUUUUAAAUUUAACUUUUUAGAUAUCUAUUUUACAGGCGAUUAAAAACAAUGUUCUGUGAAGCAUUUAAUUUAAAAGCCGUGGUGACCAUGUUUAUCAGAUGCUGUAAAAUUUGUAAUUUUCUUUUGAGGUGAAGCAUGCUUUCCUGAAUUUGUAUGGUUCCUGUUGGUGUUGUUAUUGUUGUUUUUUCCCCCUUUUUGUUUCACUCAAAUUCUCUCCGUGUUUUUUUUUUUUUUUUCUUGUUUAAAAAAAAAUCUGAUUUUGCAAGCAUGCGUGCUUUGGAAAAGUGUGCAAACAGUCUGCGAUGAACUGGGGGGUAAAAAUGGUCAUAGAAAUAUUUUCUCAUUAAAAGUGAAGCAAACAA